AGUUUAAUUAUGGGCCCGGCCCAGGCCCAAACGAAUAUAGGAGAAUAAGAAAGAUUAUCCUAAAAAAAAUAAAAAGAGGAAAGUGUACGAAUAAUCCGAUUUCAACGCCCACCAGGCCACCACCAAUCACAAAGAAGCUUUAUACUCUCCUCUGAGUCUCUGUUCAUGCUGCAACACUAUCUCUACCUUUUCCCACAUAGAGAAAAGGGAGCGGCCGAUUUCAGAGAAAAUGGAGAAUCUGAUGUCCCAAUUCACACUGCUGGCGGACGAAGCCCUGCGAGACAAGCACUUCGACCCCUCCAGAAUCGACUCGGAUCUGAUGAAGCUGUUCGAAUUGGAGGCCUACAAGGCCUGGGCGGCGCUGGAGCUGGAGCACGAGCAGGAGGUCGAUUCUGCAGAAAGCGAGAUGGAAGCUGCAGAGGACGAGCUGGAAUCGGCGAUGGAGGCGGCGAUGGAGGAGUUCCGGAGGUUCGAGGAGGAGAUGGAGGGGAUGGCGAAGGCGGAGCUGGAAGGGCUGGAGCGGACCGCGGAGAAGGCGAGGAGGAUGGGGAAAGUGAUGGAGAAGGCGGCGUCGGCGGCUUCCAAGAGGUAUGUUGAGGCGGCGAUGAACUCGGCCACGGCGACGAUGAGGUCGGCUUGGAAAGGGGUUUCGAAGCAAAAGGUUCAUCCUGCGUAAUUUUGUCUCGUUUGCUUGUCUAAUUUCCUGCAUUACCCACCAAUAAGUAAACGAAUGUAAUCGUUCGAGUUUGGGAACAGAGGUUGUGUGUUCUUCCUUCCUUGUAAUGGCGAUUCUGCAGCAAAAAAAAAAAAGGCUGCUGAGGUAUUUGGAAUGUUGCUUGAGGUAUUGGUAUUCAUCAAAGAGAUUGUGUAGUGCAAGACAACUUUUCCCCCAUGGAAAAUAUCCCACUUUUGCCCACAAACCUGAAAUUGGGCCUACAUCAGAGCCCAACAGCCCACAAAUCCACAGGCAAAAAUUUAGAACUUUUCUUCUUCCUUGAAAGAAAUUGCAGAGAGCGAAGCUGAAACAGAAGAUGGACACGAGGAGCGCAAGCAAUCAAGCACAACAACGAUCCCAACGCCAACCGUGAUUCCAAAUCCCCUCCUUCUUCCUCUUCCCCCAAAUUUCCCCCCCGCCUUCAAAACCCUUAGAAUCAGAUUUCAGAACCGGUUUUUAGAGAGAGGGAACUGAUCGAAGUGUGUGACAGAUAGAGCCAAAAGGUGCUCGGACAGGGGACGAUGAUUACGAUGAAAUUGCCGCCUUUCUUCGCCAUCUUACUCUUGCUGCUGUGUACGUCGCCGUUUUGGGGCAAUGCGCCGGUGACGGAGGCGAUAUGGUUGAAUCUCCCGCCGUCGGGGACGAAAUGCGUCUCCGAGGAGCUCCACAACAACGUCGUCGUUCUCGCCGACUACGUCGUCGUCUCCGAUGAUCAUUCUCACACCCCCGCUAUCUCCGUCAAGGUGUCAUCUCCAUAUGGGAACAACCUCCAUCACAAGGAGAAUGCUACACAUGGUCAAUUUGCAUUUACCACUCAGGAGGCUGGCAAUUACCUUGCAUGUUUUUGGGCAGAUGCGCAUAACCAAGGAAAGGGAGAUGUGAGUGUUAACCUUGACUGGAAAACAGGAAUUGCAGCAAAGGAUUGGGAUACAGUUGCCAAAAAGGAGAAAAUUGAGCUUUCCUCACAUUUGGCUAUCAUCCAAAUACAGGGUGUUGAGCUAGAGUUGGCGAAACUCCAAGGAGCUGUGGAAGCUAUCCAUGAGAACUUGCUUUAUCUCAAGAGCAGGGAAUCAGAGAUGAGGAUUGUAAGUGAGAAAACGAACUCUAAAGUAGCUUGGUUCAGUAUCAUGUCUUUGGGUGUUUGCAUCAGUGUUUCGGUUCUCCAAAUCUGGCACUUGAAGCGAUUCUUCCAGAAGAAGAAGCUCAUCUAAACGUCAUUUCCAAGUCAGGUGUGUGAGUGUGAGCUAGGGGAAAAGGUGCAAAUGAAAAUUUGAAAGGCUUCCAAGUCUUUCCUUUACCCAAAUUUUGCCGAAAUUUUUUGCAAUUUAGUAGUAACUAGACUUAAUUUCUGCUUGAUUGAGCUAACCUCAACUAAUGCCUUAUGUAGCCAUUUUCGACCAUUUGAAUGAAUGAAAAAGAACUCGAUCCAUGUUUUA